CGCGCGACCUGAACACUCAUUGCGAAGCUACAAGCGCAGAGGAUGUUUGAAAAGGGAAAGAGAGUCGAGCGGAUUCGGCCAAGUUAGUGUUCGGAGAGGUCUUUCCCUGGAGAUGUUUGCGAUGCUGCGGCCAGCGACGCAAUAUAGAAGGACGCUAGAAGCGAUGAUGUAGGCCGCUAGCCGAAGCCUCUCUGGAGCCGUUGUCUCUCUUAAGAUACGCGCUCCUCGCUCAGAAUACGCCUUCCGAUGCCUCAACAUCUUCGACGCGACGGCACCAUAAACAUGCAGGAAGACUCGCCACUCACGGAGGCCACAUCGGACUCGAGGGGAGCGUCCCUUUUGACUUCACGCGAGCCUUCUCCGUCCGACCACAGUGGAAGGGGCACGUCAAGACGUUCGAAGAUAACAAGGAAGUCUCAUCGCAAGUCACGGGCUGGAUGCGUAAAUUGCAAGUCACGUCGCAUCAAGUGCGACGAGGGCAAGCCAUCUUGUGCCAACUGUAAACGAAGGCAAGUUCGCUGCGAAUAUCCCGCCAAUCCCGCGACCUCCGCUGCCGCAUCAGGACUUGUGGAUCCAAGAGAGCCGGGUGACCUUCCGAUAUCUGAAAUCGAACUCACAUACCACUGGGCAACGACGACAUGUCACUCAUUCUCAGCAUGGCCUGCUGGCGUGGCUCGUGUACAAGCUUUAACCGAAGAAGUCGCGAUGAAGAAUCAGCACGUAUUGCACCUCAUAUUUGCGUUUACGGCUCUUCAUCUCGCCGUUUGUCGCCCAAACCGCAAAGAACACUACACCGCCACUGCAGAUUACCACUACGAGCGCGCGCUCGCACUCGUUACUCCAGAGAUAGCCAGCCUCAGUCCUGAUAACUGUGACGCGGUCCUUCAAUCUGUUCAGAUGAUCUGCUUUGUCAGCUGGGCAAGAGGACCGCAGGCUGGUGAGUACCUUGCUUUUGGCAAGCAUGGAAGAUCGGACUGGCUGGUCAUGUUUCGUGGAAUUCGUACAACACUGACUUCGCUCUCGAGAGACCAUUUCUCUAAGACGCAUGGGCCAAAUACUCGUGGCAAAGGUCGACUUCUACCACCAUCGGAUGGGCCAUUUGAGUACGAAAAGCAGUUAAUGGAGCUGAAAGAGCAUAUCGAGUUCGUCUCCGAGCCCGCUGACCGUGAUGACAACGUGGACAGCGUUGAGGUCUUGCAGGAGAUGUACUCCAAUCGUUACGGUGGCAAAGAUGGGGAAUAUCAUGUCGCAUUUGGGUGGCUCUAUCGCAUGAGCGAGGACUUUCUCGACCGACUUCAACGAUGUGACCCGCUGCCACUCAUCAUCUACGCUCACUUUGUCGUCCUCAUGCACGACUUGGAGAAAUUCUGGUAUAUGAAAGGGUGGACACAUCAUGUUAUGAGUGGCAUCUACGAAGCGCUACCUAUCGAACAUAAAGCAUACAUAAGCUGGCCAAUGGCGAGGGUUGGGUGGAUAGCGCCUUGAUUUGUUCGCUCUCUGCUCGUAGCAGGUUGCGCUAAUUACCCAGGAGCCAACACACACCUCCCUCAUAAGAUACGUUCUAGUCAGUUGGACCACGGAUGGCCUUCGAUUCCCAGCUUAGCACCAAGGAAAGCAAGCUUUAGGAGCUUCUGCUCGGUGAUCUCUGACUUGUGUUUCUCCAGCUGGGCAAGAUACAAGGACAAUCCACCUGUUUGAAUGCCCUUAUCAAGCGCGAAGGGCGUG